AUGAAUCUCCUUCCAAGCUUCUCCACUGAGACAUGGUCCCUUCUCGUUGUCCUUCUGGGCCUUUUCAUGCUGUAUGUACCACUCUCUUGUCUUCCUUUUCUUGGGCUGUUUUCUAAUUGUGAAAAGGAGAAGGGGGGGAUUUUAAGUCUGUUGCUUCCCCUGAAAGCCAUAAGAGAUGCCAGUCUCUGAACUGCAAGGAUAUUCCUUCAGAUUUAAGGAAGGUUCUCUCCACAAUCCCUUUAUCCAGGAAGGUCUUCCAGCAAAUAGGUGUGACCUGACCUGUUUACAAAGGAUGAAAGUAAGAACAAGCCUUAAAAAGAAUAAAUGCUAGACAACAGUUUGGGUUUUUUCUUUCUUCCUUCCAAAGUCAUGUAACAGUUAAAAAUCAGUUUACAUUCCUCUCUCAUCUUCCUCCUGUUGGACUGUUUCCUGACUGUUAGGAGGAGAACAGGGACAUUUUAAUCCAUUGCUUCUUCCAAAAGCCACAGGAGAUGGUAGAAUACAGAAGUCUAAAAUGCAAGGCAAGCUUUGGAAGGAAAAGUUCCAUGCAUUUUUUUCACUCCCUUUUGCAAUGCAACCCUAAGCGAGUUUACUCAAAAGGGAGUUCCUUAAGCUUUGGCAGCAGUCCUAGAUGCACUUCCCUGAGGCCAGGGUAGGCAUGGACUCAACGGGACUUACUCCUGAGUAGACACAGGGUGUUUAAUCUGCAAUGUUCUAUUAUGUUUUUGUAUAAGCUGGAAGCCACCCAGAGUGGCUGGGGCAAUCCUGUCAGAUGGGCAGGGAACAAAUAGUUGUUGUUGAUGAUGAUGUUGAUGUUGUUGUUGAUAUGAAACUGCCAGCACCAUUUCUGACCCCCAAAUGAAUUGGGUGGUGUGUGUGUGUGUGUGAUGUCCAGGGAGCCUCCCGGGGGACCCAGCUGAGGAGGGCCGCCUCAAACAUGGAGCCAGCCCAAGGAAGGUUCCCAGGAGAUGCCGAGGACUGAACCUGGGAUCUUGUGGAUGCUAAGCAGGUCACCUGACCACUGGGACCAGAAGACGUCCCAGCUCAAACCACCUGCAAUUGCAACCUUUGGUCAGCAGGCAAGAACAGAUGGAAAGCAUCAAUGCACCUGCAGGGCUCUCCUUUUGAGCCCUGUCGUGCCACCCCCAAAAGGUUAGCUCUGUGUGCAUGUGUGUUCAGCAGGAGGUGCCUUUUGUCAGGAGUUCAGCCUACACUCGAGUAGGACCCUGGAAGAGACACAUGCCCGACUGGCAUGUUCUCUCCCUCCUGGUCUAUCAUUCAGGAGCUUCAAAAGCUUUCUUCAGCCUGAACAUCACAGCGACCGAUGCCAACUGACACUGGCACGCUUAGGGAUCCGCAGAGUUUGCGCAUCAUGCAUAACAGACCUCAGCAACUCAGCAUUUUGGCUAAUCUACUUUAUUUACAUAUAAACACACACGGAGCACUGCAACAUGGCUCCCUCUCUCUCUAGCAUCAGACAGCAAAGAGAAAAAGAACAAAGGACAAUAGUCCCACUUCACAGAACACAGUAACACAAACAUCCUGUCUCCGUCACUUCCCACUCUGUGGAGUCAAAACAUAUACUGUCAUGUGAUAGACAACAAUCCCAUGACUGCAGACAUGGAGCAGGAAUUCCAACAACUUUAUCAGGUACAACAACCUGCCAGGUUUCCCCACGGAACCCUUAACAACUUUUUAUGCUCUGCUGCUGUCAAUGAUCAUCUGCCAGAUUUGCAUCUCUCUCUCUCUCUCUCUCUCUCUCUCUCCUUUCAUUAAAAAACAGAUAUGGAAUUUGGCCAUACAGCCAUUUUCGAAAUCUGGGCAUUCCAGGUCCGAGGCCAUUGCCUUUCAUCGGAACUCUCUUGUCGUAUCGUAAGGUGAGUGUCUGGGGACAUUUCUGCCCUGCUUAAGAGGUUUGCCAAGACCCCUGUCUGCUCCUUCCUCUAGGGAUCAGAGGUGCUCCAUAAAUUGGGUCUUCUUCUGGCCCAGAAAGGCUGUUCUUAACUUUCUGAAAUAUUGUUCCGCAGGGGUUUAUGAACUUUGAUACAGAGUGCUUUCAGAAAUAUGGGAGGAACUGGGGGUAAGUGACCUUUUAUGACCAGUUUGUAUUUCUUUUCCUUUCCCCCUCCAACAGAUUAUUUAGGUUUGAAUGAAAAUGCAGAGGUUAGUAUCAAACAUUCAAUAUCUUUCUAUCAAGGAUUAAAAAAAACCUAAUCCAAAUAAAAACACAAACUGAAAAGAAGUGUGUGUGUGUGUGUGUGAGAGAGAGAGAGAGAGAGAGAGAGAGAAAGGAAGGAAAGGGAAAAAAGAAGAAGAGAAUUUCUGAUUCUGACCAGCUUGUAUUUCUCAGGGCAUCCCAAGCCCCAUUGUUUGAUCCCAAGGAGGAAAUAUUCUGAAACAGAAACCUUUAUCUGCAAUGUCUCUGGGAUCUCAAAAGCUUGCCAUAAACGGUGAACAUGCUGGUAGCCAGAGACUCUCCUGACUGCCCCACCUUUUUUAGGUUUUCCCUUCUGUUGCCUCCAGCUCUUCAGUGCUCAAUCAGAGCAAAUGGCAAUUGGGUUUUGUCCAGAUUGCUGUUCAUUCUGAUUUAGAGUUGAAGAGUGGGUCCUCCCUGGGAAUGGAGUAGGGCAAGGGGAAAACUGCUCCGACUCAUGUCUAGAGAUAAAAGGUAAAGGUAAGGUAAAGGACCCCUGGGUGGUUAAGUCCAGUCAAAUGGGGUUGCGGCGCUCACCUCCGCUUUCAGGCCGACAGCUUUCUGGGUCAUGUGGUCAGCAGGACUAAACCACUUCUGGCGCACGGAGGACCGUGACAAGUGCCAAAGCGCACAGAAAUGCCGUUUACUUUCCUGCCACAGCGGUAUCUAUUUAUCUACUGCUGCUUUUGGUGCAACAGGACACCAUGACAGAAGCCAGAGUGCAGGGAAAUGCUGUUUACCUUCUUGCCGCAGUGGUACCUGUUUAUCUACUUGCCCUGGCAUGCUUUCGAACUGCUAGGUUGGCAGGAGCUGGGACAGAGCAAUGGGAGCUCAUCCCACUGCGGGGAUUCAAACUGCCGACCUUCUGAUUGGCAAGCCCAAGAGGCUCAGUGGUUUAGACCGCAGUGCCACCCACAUCCCUGUCAUGUCUAGAAAGCAUGUCUCAUGUAGGAAACCACCUAGAGCCCUGCUUUCUAGCCAUGGGAAAAGCAGGAACAAGCCCUUAUAGUCAGCCUCCACUGAUCAGGCACUGUUGAGACGUUUGGGACUACAGUUGCCAUCAGUCAACUGGAGGGCGCCAGGGCAGGGAACGCAACCCAUAGCUCAGGGCAACACACUUGGCUUUUCAAAAUGUAAAACUGGUAGGAUGUGCCUUCUUAUCUUCCUUACUCUUCAUCCAGGUUUUAUGAUGGCCGGCAGCCUAUAUUAGCCACGAUGGAUCCUGUCAUUAUUAAAACUGUCCUCGUGAAAGAGUGCUACUCCACCUUCACCAACCGCCGGGUAAGGGCUCAUGUCUUAAGCGAUGCGACAGGAGAGCACGAGAAGGGCGGGUUCUUCAUGCCACUGAAUUGGGAAUGCUAAAUUGGGAAGGAUUAGGUAAUGUCUUCUUCUUCAGCGAUCCCUCGUAGCCGAGUAAGAUUGUCUUCCAUAAACACGGUUUUAACCAUGAGUCCGUAAGUGACUGUGGAGGCCAAUUCUGGAUCCACAUGUCCUUCCACAGUGGGGACAUAGGUUUCCGGGUGGGAGUAAUGACGGUGUGGAUUUGCCAAGCGUGCCUUCCUCUUGGCACGUUUCUCUCUUGUGUCCUGAGUUCAAGUGUCUUCAAAGCCCCUGACACCUUUGGUAAAGGCUGUUCUCCAGCUGGAGCGCUUGCAGGCCGGUGUUUCCCAGUUUUCAGUGUUUAUACUACAUUUUUAAAGAUUUGCCUUGAGAGAAUCUUUAAAACUCUUUUGUUGACCACCAGCAUUAUGCUUUCCAUUUUUAAGUUCGGAAUAGAGUAGUUGCUUUGGAAGACAAUAAUCAGGUAAUGCGGCAGGUAGAUGAAGACAUCUUCUAAAGUCAAGUGUGAACUUGGGGCUCAUUCGCCCUUCAUUCCUGUCAUCUUUAGUAUAACAUGUCCUUAAACUUACAAGCAGCACAGGCAUUUCAAAACGGGUCUUUUGUUUGAAUAGGAUUAGGAUGACAACAACAUUAUCCAUAAUUCAGUUAAGACAGACUAUUCGCAAUUAAAUUAGUGUGUUUAUUAAGCACACCUGGACUCAGAAUUCAGCAGUGCUUGAAGUGGGAUCAAACCCAAACUCUCCUGUCUUCUUUAUCCCACUUCAAGUACUUCAGAUUAUAAAAGUACAAAGAGCGUCUCCAAGUGUAUGUUUGUAGGGCCCAGCUUAUUGUUUAUGCUGUUUUAAAUUGUUUUCAUAUUGUGUUUUAAUGCCCUGAGACCUUAGAGCAGAAGGCGGGAAAUAAUUAAAUAAACAAACAAUAAAUAAACAAACAAUAAAUUUUGUGGCCUGUUUCUAGGCACCGGUCCAGAUUUUCGAUGUCUGAGUGUGUGUUGUCUUGGUUCCCCAGGAAAACCUAUGUUCUACCAAUGAAUCAGAGCAAACAGCAAUCCAGUUUGCUCUGACUCAGUGGCAAAAUGUGGGUUUUCCCAAGGAAAGCGUCAGGAUGAAAACGACGACAGCAAUGCUUGAACAUGGAGCUGGGAAGCCUGGACGUGUGCCUAGGAAGCAUGGAGCAGAGGGAAGUGUGACCGAGUCCUUAGUCACCCAGUCACCACUGUACUCCAUGUUCAUUGAGUUCAUGAGUCCCCCCUGGCUCUCACUGAAAUCCCAGGUUUGGGAUCUGUCAUGGGUUCAAAAGCCGACUCAUUGUUUUGAAACCACCUCACUGCUUUCUUGCUUCCCUCUAGAAUGUAGGUUUAGGUGGGCUGUUUGAGUCUGCCAUCACGAUGGUGAAGGACGAACAAUGGAAGAGGAUUCGCACUGUGCUCUCUCCAACCUUCACCAGUGGAAAGCUAAAGGAGGUAAAGAAAAAGAAAAAGAUACUGAGCCUUGAAGAACUCAAAUAUUCAACACUGGUCUGUAGGGUCCUUAUAAUUCCAGCACAAUUCACAGAAGCUUUUCAGUCCGAAACUGGAGCUUAUCAUGUUCCAAUUAUGUUGUUAGCAAGAAUGGGUUUAAAUCAGCCCAUUUCACAUUGUCAUGAAAUGAGACGACUGGCAUUUGUUUUGUUUUAAAGUGAUGUUUCAACAUUGCAUCAUUUCUCCAGGUACUCAGUGCAUCCUGCCAAUAUUGUAUUUCCUUCCUCUCUGAAUUUUCUGUUUGGAGCUGGGAGACUUUGCCUCAAACCACUUGGGUUGAUCUUCUAUAGAAUUUGCCCCUCUUUUUCUCUUCAUCCUUGAAUGAAGACCUUUCUGCGACCCCACAGGCUUCUGUGCAGCUGCUUCCAGUUCCUUCACAGCACCUUGAAAGAUCCCCAUCAUUUAUUGUAUUCCAGAUGUUUCCCAUCAUCAAACACUACGGGGAAGUUCUGAUCCGGAACGUUCAGAAGAAAGUGGAAAAGGAUGAGCUUCUGGUUGCAAAGGAGUAAGUCACUUGGGGCCAGGGAAGGCUGCCGUCAAAAGCAGAGCCCUCUUCUAUCCUCCUGUGACAACGUGGGCUGUCUUGGGGGUAAAUCCAGACCAGAUUGGGUUAACAAAGUGAGCAGCCAUUAGGUGGUAAAAGCUUGUAAAUUCAUGCUAAAAGUAUCCAUUCAAUAAGAUGUUCAUGGGACUAAAGCUAGAUGUUAUAGGAAAAAACUGCUCUUUUCCCCUUGUACCCAAGAGCCCGUACAGAGUCCUUAUAUAGGUUCUCCAUCGGUCGGAGAAAAUAACAGAGGUCAACCAGAGAAUAUUGAGAAGCAAAGCAGCUAGUAAGCCUGAUCUUUAUUAACUGUUGCAACAGGAAGGAGGAGGAACCCAGAACAAUGGUGCGCAAGCUCUUGUAUAGACUUUUGAAAUUGCCACCCUGUAGCUCAAGACCACCCCCACAAUACAUCAUACAUACAUCACAGAAAGAGGUGGUCCCCAGCAGAAAUACAUCACAGGGGGGUGGUCUACAGGAGAAUCCUGUCUGGCAGGAAACCUGUUAAUGGGUUUACCUGGAGAGCCUGGCCAUUCUUUUGUGAUGAUAAAUACUUAAUUAUUGAGUCAGGGUCACAGGCUCACCCUAUUCAUACCCAAAUGUGCCCUUAAGGCAGGAUUUGUGAUCACAGAGACAAUGUGGAGGCUUUUCCUAUUUCCAUCCACACUGCAGAGGAAUAUUUGAGGUCACUGAAAGAGUCAAAAUGGCUUUAGGACUGUUUCCCUAUACUGUUUCUGACAUGUGGUUUAUAUAUUUGUGUAUGUGUUUGCCUGGUCCAUUUAUGAACAUUUAUUUUAUAUCUUAGACCUUAUAAUUCUCAUAACACUAGACAUCUUCCUUCCUUGGACAUGAGGAAUCUGGACUCUUUACUCUGCGGACACCAUCAGGCAUGCCAUGCAUUCCUGAAACUUCCGUUCCGAUAAGCCUUCAGGCAGGGGUGGUCUCCUCCUUUAAAUCGUUUGUUAUUUAACACAUCUGAGAGCCUGAUUUGGCUGCUCUGUUUCCUCCCCAGCGUCUUUGGGGCCUUCAGCAUGGAUGUGAUCACCAGCACUUCGUUUGGUGUGGACCUUGACUCUAUGAACAACCCUGAUGACCCUUUUGUCAAGGAGAUCAAGAAACUCACCAAGUUUUCCUUUAAUCUACAUAUACUUUUAGCAUGUAAGUUGGCUACAGAUUUCCUUUUUAUAUCAAUUUCAUUAUAAUACAAUAAAAACCCAGCUCCCAACUAGUAUAAGAAUAAUAAUAAUAAUUACAAAGAAGAAGAAUAAAGGAGAGAGAAAGGAUAGAAAGAGAGAAAGAGGAAAAUAAGAAGAGAAAUAAAACAACAAGCACAAAGUUGUGUGUGUGUGUGUGUGUGUAUAUAUAUACUAUAUAUGUCUACCGGCGUGGUUGCUUGAGAGCGAACAGGCAAGAUCCCCGCUGGUCUUUUCAAAGGCUUUAUUAGUCACUAACAGAAUCUGAGAGUGGGCGGUCCUUAAACUUUCCCCAGCAGAGUAGUCUCUUGACCCCUAGCCGACGCCUCCCCUCUCUGCACGAAAACCGACUGCGCAGAGAGGGUGUGGCUAAAGGGGGACCUGCCUCCCCCCUGCUUUGCUCAUGCACGGUGUCUUGGCUCUCCCUUGCAUCCUCUGAGCCCUGCAUCCCUUCCCCACUAGAGCCGGGGCUUCCCUCCUCCGCGGAGGAAGUGCUGCUUCUCAUGAUCUUUGGAGGCUCCCUGUAACCCAGCUACCCUUCCACCUCUCGCCUCUGAGCUGAUGGCAGUUCCCACACACACACACACACACACACACACACACACAGAGCCCUCUGUUAUAUCUUAAUUUUCAAUCCACAUACGUAGAUGUGAAUCCUCUCGGAUCUCACCUGGGAGAACUUCCCUCAUCCUCAGUCUCACGGCCUGAGAAAAGCCACUCUGUCCUGCCUCUCUCACAGGUUCCUUCUCUUCCUCUCCAUCACCUCUCUGUAUGUAUUUUCAUUUAUCCUGAAUUUAAAUCUUCAGAGAUCAAAACAUAUAUAUGAAUAAUAUUAACAGAGAACUAUCAAUAACUAAAGAUCUUAAAAAAUAAAAAAGAGGAAGAAAGAAGAAAAGAGGUACUUCUGCUUCUCUAUCUACCAGUUAUGCAUAUAACAAUUAUUCUAAGCAUUUAGCAUAUGCACUCCAGAAUAGUUUCUAGCUGCAACUGAUAUCCAGCUUUCUCCUAUUCUGCUAGAUGGUGUUUCAACAAACUUCCCUCCCAGGCCACCAGAAUUCAUCUUUCUGCCACUCAAAAAGUCCAAUAUAACUCUUCAUUUAUUGUUAUCUUUGUGUAUCUUUCUCCAGUUCCUUGUGACAUGUUCUCUUCAGGGGUUCCAACAAAUCUUAGUAAAUCCAUAUUUAUUUGCCUGUUGCAUUUUCCUUAAAUCGUAUUUGAUCCUCGUGUUUCCUUCUCCCUCCUUUUCUUCCAGUCCUUUAUCAGUCUAAACUCCAGUAGUUGAGUUGCUUUCUUUAUUUGCAUAUUUAUUAUUCCACUCAUCUCUUCUUUGAAAGCAUGUUAAGCACGAGAGACCAUGCUUUGAACCAUCGUCAAUUCUCCUUCUGACUUUGCAGCAGAUUCCUUCAUCAGGUCCAGCCCUUUAGACAACUGCAUAUCUGCCUCGCCAACAUCUGCUGAUUUUCCAUAUUUAAGCAAAGAUCGUUCAUCAUCCACAGAACCUCCCUGUUUAAUCAAAGAUAGCUCCAAUUCACUGUCCGCAGAUUCCACACCUUCUCCCUUUUCUGUAAUCGAAUCUCUCUGGUCAUCCCAUGAAGUUCAGUUUUUAGAUCUGCUGGCUGUGGUUUAAACAGCCCUUGCAUGAAGCAUCAAUGAACAGGGCCAUCUUACCCAUAGGUGAUAGGGGUGCGGGGCAUCCAGGCGCUGGGCUCUCAGGGGCACUGGGCCAAGAUGGCCAAGAGUCUGGUGCCUGAGAGUUGAGUUCGGGGAAGAGCCCGCCCGUUGGUCGGAGUGCCAUGGCAGGCUCUUCUGCUGCGCCACGAGUUUGGGGGUGACUGAGCCAGUGAGAUGCUGCACUUGAAAGGCAACGAGGCGGGUCGGGGCUGCUGAUUCUUCUAGACCUGUCAGCAGCCUUCGACAUGGUCGAUCACGAACUCCUGGACCACCACCUUGCUGACGUGGGGAUCCAGGGCACAGUCCUUCAAUGGCUGCGCUCAUUUCUCUCUGGUCGGGGACAGAGGGUGGCGCUUGGGGGGGAAUUGUCAUCGCGCCACUCCUUGGUGUGUGGAGUGCCUCAGGGUGCGAUUCUCUCCCCGAUGCUUUUCAGCAUCUUUAUGCGCCCUUCGCCCAGCUUGUCCGGAGUUUUGGGCUGGGUUGCCAUCAGUAUGCCGAUGACACCCAACUCUAUCUGUUGAUGGAUGGCCAUCCUGACUCAGCCCCAGACACACUGACCAGAUGUCUGGAAGCUGUGGCUGGAUGGUUACGUGGGAGCUGGUUGAAGUUAAAUCCUUCGAAGACAGAGGUCCUCUGGCUGGGAUGGGGCGAUAUGGGAUUGAGGGGGCAACUCCCAUCUCUUGCGGGGUGCAAUUAGUGCCAGCAUCGUCCGUUAAGAGUUUGGGUGUAAUCUUCGAUACCUCCCUCUCUAUGGAGGCGCAGAUUACAGCUAUAACAAAGGCGGCAUUUUUUCAUCUCCGCCAAGCUAAGCAGUUGGCUCCUUAUCUCUCUCGCCCUGACCUAGCCACUGUGAUCCACGCGACGGUCACCUCCAGACUGGAUUAUUGUAACUCGCUCUACGUGGGGCUGCCCUUGAGACUGACCCAGAAACUCCAGCGGGUGCAGAAUGCUGCAGCGAGACUCCUUACGGGGUCUUUGCUGCGAGAUCACAUUCAUCUGGUACUAUACCAGCUGCACUGGCUCCCGGUGGAGUACAGGAUCAGGUUUAAGGUGCUGGUUUUAACCUUUAAAACCCUAUACGGCCUAGGACCCUCGUACCUACGGGACCGCCGCUCCUGGUAUGUCCCACGGUCUGCAAAUAAAAACAUCCUGAAGAUCCCAGGCCACAGAGAGGUUAGGCUGGCCUCAACUAGAGCCAGGGCUUUCUCGGCUGUGGCUCCAAUCUGGUGGAACGCUCUGUCACAAGAGACUAGGGCCCUGCGGGACCUGACAUCUUUCCGCAGGGCCUGUAAGACAGAGCUGUUCCACCAGGCCUUUGGUCAGGGUGCAGCCUGACCCCUCCUCUGGCAAUCUGCACAGAAUUUUGCUUAAUGGUUGCCAUCAAUUUGAUUUUAAUUAAUUUUUAUAAUGAAAGGUUUUUAGAAUGUUGGAUUAUUUUGAUUGUUGUUAGCCGCCCUGAGCCCAGCUUCGGCUGGGGAGGGUGGGGUAUAAAUAAAAUUUAUUUAUUUAUUUAUUUAUUUAUUAUUAUUAUUAUUAUUAUUAUUAUUAUUAUUAUUAUUAUUAUUAUUAUUAUUAUUAUUAUUAUUAUUAUUAUCUGAUUCUGAUUGCCCCAGCUAAAAACCUUGCAACCUUUGCUGUCACCUGCUCAUCUUGAUCUGCCAAGAGAAAGGACACGGUGUCAGUGGUUGGGCGACAAUAAAAGAGGGGUGGAAAACUCAUUCCUCAAGUCUUUAUAAAGAGUGCAGGCCAGAAGGGCAUGCGCCACCGAUUCGGUACUGCACAUUAUGGAUCUGUAACCCUGGGAUUCACAAUGUGUUUGGGGACUGACCACAUGCUAUUAAGGCUUACAAGCACUGACCCUCAGAGCAAAUAAACCAAAGUUUACUCAUGGAUUUCUACAGAACUAUGUCUGUCUGAUGUUUUGCUUCCUGUUCACUGUGAAUGUCUGUUUCUUGCAGUUGUGUUCCCAUUCGUGGUUUCUCUCCUCAACUUAAUGAAAAUCACUUUCUUCAACCCAGAAGCUAUGAACUUCUUCGAGAGGUCAUUUGCGAAAAUAAAGGCGACACGGGAGAAAGAAGGCCAGGGGGUAAGCAUUCAGGCCACACUGAAUUUUGAGGGUGAAAAAUUCACACAAAAAUUUCACACCAGAACGAACUUUCCUUGGAGGGGACGAAAUUAUUCACCCAAAGAUCCCUCAAGACUCACCUCUUCUGUGCUGCUUCAUUGCUAUUUUGUGAUGGCCUGGGAUUCGGACUCGGAGGCUGAACCUGAGGAAUCCCAGCCUGCACAGGAUUCCCCGCCUCCAGAACCAGCUGAGCCGGGGCUGGGCCUGAGCCUGAAGGGUCCUCACCUGUGCUGGCUCCUCAGGUGCAGGCACCAGCUGAGUCUGCUCUGGCUCCUGAGGGGGUGGAGGACCCAUUGCCUGCAGGUGCUCCACUCUCAGCCCCGUCAGAGGAAGCGGAGGUUGCCUCUGGGUCCGGUAACCCUCCAGCCUCUCCUGAGCUGCGGAGGCUCAGGGCAGAGAGGUGGAGGGAACUAAGUUCCCGCAGGAGGAGUGCUCGCCUCCAGGCCAGGAGAGGCGAGUCACCUGUGGACUGGGGCCGCACUAUGCCUCAGGGCAGAUAAAAGCUGGCCAGCCCCAGUCCCAGGUUGCGGGAGCAACAUUGUCUGUAGCCUGUUCCUGUCUGCACCCUGUCCUGCUCUUCUGCCAGAGUUCCUGACCUCACCCGACUCCCUGCCUUGGACCCAGCUUCAGCUUUGAUGGACAGCCUCCAUACCGUACCCUCAACCUCGGACUGGACUCGGACCUUGCCGCACGGUUAACCCUCGGGACCAGCACAUAUUUUCUAAACAAAGCAACCUAACGAUUUGACUCUUUUGCCUCCUCAGUAUGUCCUGUUCUGCCUAAUAACAGCAAGAUCACCAAACAGCCAAUGUCCUUAAGGGCAAAGGCAGCCGACUCUCAGGGCUGCAUUUAGCCCUUUAAGAAACUUGGGGGAGCAAACCAUCUCGGUCUGUGGGGGAUCUUUCCUCAGCUUCCUUUCUCUGCUGUUUUAUUUGUUUCUAUGCUUAGGGCCGGGUGGAUUUCCUGCAGCUGAUGAUCAACUCCCAGAAGUCCAACAGCGAGCACCAGAGCAACGGCUCGGAUCCCUCCUAUAAAGGUAAUGCCACUCCUGGGAGUCAAUUCAGUGUAACUUCGAGGUCUCUGAAACCGAAGGGAAACAAGCCCCAAAGAUGUCAGUGAAGGUGCCAAGCAGAUCUCACCGGGGAGGGCAUUCCACAGAUGGGGAGCCAGGACUGAAAAGGCCCUUUUGCGAUUUAGGGAUGAAGUUCUGAUCCAGGUUGGCAGAAUGACCAAAGCAAACAAAGCCAAGAGGCUCAGUGCAUGGCGCUCAUUCCCAGACUUCAGGGAAUCAGUGUCCCCCCCCCCAUUGGCAGUAGAUAAGCAGAACAAAGGAAAAGGGGUCUUUUUUGCCAGUUAAAAACUUUAAUGAUCACAGUGAGAGAACAAAGAAUCCAUUUCCUAGGGAUGGCGGUGCUCCCAAUUAAGGGUUCCACCCACUUCCUCCCUAAUCACUACCACGUCUUGUAACCAGAUCUUGUAACCGCUGUGCUUUCUGUGCUUCCACCUUAUCAGCUCUUCUUGACCUUGGGCUGAGCAGUUGAAUGCCUUCCAGAGACAGUGAAUCUAUUAACUCUCUCCUCCCCAGUGUUUCUUCUCCUAGCUGUUCCCCAUCCAGUAUUUCCCAGCUUCUGCCUUCUGAACUAUGUCCCUCUGCAAACCACUGUUCCAAAUCUAUACUGUCCUGCUCCUGGGAAGAUUCAGGAUUCUGAUCAGGGGAGGCUCCCACCAUUUCUCCUCAGUCCAGACCUCCUCAGCAUGGUCCCUGACAUUACCAAUGCAGAUCAUUUUCCCACCUAGUAUAUGUGCUGCAUUAUUGGGGCUAAUAAUAAUAAUAAUAAUAUAUUUAUACCCUGCCCACCUGACAGGGCUUCCCCAGCCACUCUGGGUGGCUUCAAACAUAGUCUGAAAACACAACUAAGCAUCAAAUAUUUGAAACUUCCCAAUACAGGGCUGCCUUUAGGCCUGUCUUCGAAAGGUUAAUUCUUUAUCUCCUUGACAUCUGAUGGGAGGGUGUUCCAGAGGGUGGGUGCCACUACCGAGAAGGCCCUCUGCCUGGUUCCCAUCUUGCAGUGAGGGAACUGCCAGAAGGCCCUCAGAGCUGGACCUCAGUGUCCGGGCUGGAUGAUGGGGGUGGAGAUGCUCCCUUAGGUAUAUAGGACCGAGGCUGUUUAGGGCUUUAAAGGUUAGCACCAACACAUUGAAUUGUGCAUGGAAACAGUCUAGAUUAGUUGUAAUUUCUGCUUCAUCUUUCUGGCCUUUGUUUGUUUGCAGGCUUGACCGAUGAUGAAAUCCUGGCCCAAGCCUUCACCUUUGUCUUUGGUGGAUAUGAAACCAACAGCAACUCUUUGGGCUAUACGGCCUACUUGUUAGCCAUUCACCCCGAUGUCCAGCAGAAGCUUCAAGCUGAGAUAGAUACGAUCCUGCCCAACAAGGUGAGAAUGUGCAAGUUGCAAAGGUGAGUCUGGAUUCAAUGGAGAGGGUUUUGGGUGUCUGGAAUUGUAGAACUGUAGAGUUGGAAGGAACCCCCCUGGGGCAUCUAGUCCACCCCCUGCAAUACAGGAAACUCAACUAUAGUAUCCCUGGCAGAUGGCCAUCCAACUUCUGCUUAAAAACCUCCAAGGAGAGAGAGUCCAAAGCCUCCCAUUGUUGAACAGCUCUUACUAUCAGAAAGUUCUUCCAGAUGUUGAGUUGGAAUCUUUUUUCUUGUAACCUGAUGUCAACUAUGGGAGUUCCCCUCUCCCUUUUGGUAACUCAGCAAUCAGAAUUAAAGAGCAUUUGUUAGAUUUACAGUGGUACCUUGGUUCUCAAACUUAAUCCGUUCCAGAAGUCCAUUCCAAAACCAAACUGUUCCAAAACCAGGGCGUGCUUUCCCAUAGUGAGUAAUGCAAAAUGAAUUAAUCCAUUCCAGACUUUUAAAAACAACCCCUAAAACAUGAAUUUUACUGUCUAAUGAGACCAUUGAUCCAUAAAAUGAAAGCAAUAAUCAAUGUGCUAUACUAUAAAAUAAAAAAGACAGUAUUGUAGAUGAUAAAAAUAAAAUCCACCCCCCCUUAUCUGCGCUGAUGAUAGUCAUUGUUUGGAUGGGGGGCUUUUAUCCAUUUCCGCAGUCAAACAGUCAAUCAAUCAGUAGCUGAGCUGGGUUCCACACAGUCACAAAAACAAAUUAACCGAGAAAGCCUCAAAAACAAAUAUGCAAAAUAAACAGCAAAACCAAAAGCGUCAAACUUAAUCCAUUCCGGAAGUCCAUUUGACUUCCAAAAUGUUCGAAAACUAAGGUGCAGCUUCUGAUUGGUGCAGGCGCCCCGGAAACAAUAGCCAGCAGCCGCAUUGGAUGUUUGGCUUCUAAAAAAUGUUCGAAAACUGGAACACUUCCUUCCGGGUUUUCGGCGUUUGAGAACCAAGUUGUUUGCAAACCAAGGUACCCUGUAUAGUCCUUUUAUUACAGCAUUAUGUUGCAAGCAUAAACAGGCAACCCUCUGCAAAGAUAUCAGUUGCCUACUCUGACUCCUCCCCACUUCCGCAGCAUGAAGCAUGCCAAAGGAAUGUCUCUCCUCUGCUGCAUCUCCUUUGUUCUCUGACACGCUCGGACCUCCAAGUUCAGGGGGAGGGAGGGGGUUCUCCCCUACUUUCGAGUGAUGUAUCACCCAGCUGCUCCCUCCCUUCUGGUUGCUUAGCUACUAUUUCAUAGCUGGGUAGCUCCUCUCUCAACUGUGCAGCUUCUGUGUCUGCCUGUCUCUCUGCUUUUGGAAAUGCUGGAAGCGGGGGGGCGGUUAUUCCUCCUCUUCUGUUAGGAGCUGAUCUCCCUGCAAUUGGAUUCCCCAAUCUUCCGAUCCAGACCAGCCCCUGACACCUGAAGCCAUUGGUUCAAAUUCUACCCUUCAGAGCAGGAGUAUAGGAGAUGGGUUUUGAGUUUUUUUAAAAAAAGAAAGAUCAGUUGCAUUAGCUUCCUUCCACCUGUGUUGGAUAUAGCCCAAAGAGUUUUCCCCAUUCAUGGACAGAAAUCUUAGAAUAAGGCUACCGAGAGCUUUCCUUCUGAAGGCCUCUGUGUCUGGGCUCCCCUGCUUUCCCCAAGAACUGCAGAAAGACGGAGCCUGAUUUCAGAUCCCACCAAGUACGACUAACCUUCCUCUUUGAAUCACCCCAAAGGCUCCUCUCACCUACGAUGCCAUCAUGCAACUGGAGUAUCUUGACAUGGUCCUGAAUGAAACGCAAAGGCUGUAUCCUUUUGGAGGGAGGCUCGAAAGGCUCUGCAAGAAAGAUGUUGAAAUCAAUGGCGUCACUAUCCCCAAAGGCACGUUGGUGAUGAUCCCACCCUACACGCUUCAUCGGGACCCCGAAUAUUGGCCGGAACCUGAAGAGUUCAGACCUGAAAGGUAACAGCUCUGCCCUGAAAGGGGAAAAUAAGAAGCCGGGCUCAGGCUAACACCAGUAAAAUUACAAUAAAAAACAUAAUGGGGGGGGGGAGAAACAAUUUUAAAAUACAGAUUAAAAUAUAAUUUAAAAUGCAGCCUCAUUUUAAAAAUAGCCCAUAGAUCAAAACCAUAAGGGGAGGGAAACAUGAGGGUCAGACUGAGUCCAUACCAAAGGCCAGGCGGAAGAGCUCUGUCUUGCAGGCCCUGCAGAAAGAUGUCAAGUCCCUCAGGGCCCUGGUCUCUUGUGACAGAGCAUUCCACCAAGUCGGGGCCAGUACUGAAAAGGCCCUGGCCCUAGUUGAGACCAAUCUAACCACCUUGCGACUUGGGACCUCCAAAAUGUUGUCAUUUGUGGACCUUAAGGUCCUCCAUUGGGGCAUACCAGGAGAGGCGGUCCCGUAGGUACGAGGGUCCUACAAAACCAGCACCUUAAACCUGACCCUGUACUCCACCAGGAACCAGUGCAGUUGGUAAAGCACUGGAUGAAUGUGAUCCCGUGGCAAGGACCCCGUAAGGAGUCUCGCCACGGCAUUCUGCACCCGCUGGAGUUUCUGGGUCAGUCUCAAGGGCUUUUUAUUAUUUAUUUAUACCCCGCCCAUCUGGCUGGGUUUCCCCAGCCGCUGUGGGCGGCUACCAACAGAAUAUUAAAAUACAAUAACCUAUUAAACAUUAAAAGCUUCCCUAAACAAGGCUGCCUUCAGAUGUCUAAAAGUCUGUUGGUUGUUUUUCUCUUUGACAUCUGAGAUCUGCCCUUUCCGGUCCCUUAUCCAGCCUCCAUUUUUCUUGUCUCUGUGAAUGCAACCAGGUUCAGCAAAGAGAACAAGGACAAAAUAGAUCCCUACACGUACCUGCCCUUUGGAGCUGGUCCCCGGAACUGCCUGGGAAUGCGCUUUGCUCUCGUCACGAUGAAGGUGGCCAUUGCAAUCUUGAUGCAGCAUUUUUCCUUCAGGGUCUGCAGGGAAACGCCGGUGAGGAGGCUGGAUGUCUGGCACACCACUGUGUGUGCGUGGAAAGGGAGGGGGAGGUUUUCCUGAUCUUGUCUUGAUCUCCUCCAUCUUCUCCUGUUAUGCAAGAGCCUUUUCCUUCGGAGAAGUGGGUGGCCGUAAGGUAACAGGAACUACAGUGGAUGCUCGGGUUGCGAACAUGAUCCGUGCGGGAAGCACAUCCGCAACCCACAGUGUCUGCAACCCGCAGCUCUGCGUCUGUGCACACGCGGGUUGUGGUUCGGUGCUUCUGCGCAUGCACAAAGUGUGAUUUAGCACUACUGCGCAUGUGCAAGUGCCAAAACCAGGAAGUAACCUGUCCCGGUACUUCCGGGUUCAGCGCGGUGUGCAACCCGAAAUCGCGCAACCUGAAGCAUCUGUAAUCUGAGGUAUGACUGUAUAAUGCAAUUUGGGAAAAGGAGCAAGAUGGACAUUGUCUUCACCUGGGGCGACUGUAGGGGAUCCUGCAUUUAAGAAACUCUGCCACUUGUGUUUUCCUACCCCUAUGAGGUGGCGGAGCAAGCUGAUUGGGCGCCUGGGGUGACAUGCGUGCCUUGCGCCCAGGGGCGGGGCCAGCCAGGGCAGAACACUCUGUGGAGCCUCCAAGGAGUCUUCCUGCCUCCUCCCACUCAGCCGCCCUAUAGCUCAGGGGAAGGUGGCGCGAGGACCGUUUGGGGCAGCGGGCGCCCAAGCCACCGCGUCACUCCCAGGAGAGACAUAUGCCUUGGCUCUGCUGCAGGCCCCGCGGUGAGUGCCGCCUGACAUUUUGUCACCCCCCUCAGUGGUGACACCCGGGAUGACCUGCCCCCACCGCACCCCCCUUCCUCUGCCCCUGCCCCUAUGCUGUAACCUGCAGCCUGUGCAAGUUUAUCACUGGCUCUGUAAUUAAACCCCAAAUAAUGACUGCUUUUAAUCCUUCACUGCUAUGAUGAAUGCCUCUUACAACUUUUUGUUUUAUUGGUGUAUUACAAUGCUCUGCUUUUUUUAAAUUAUUAUUAUUUCUUUGGGCUAACAACAAAAGCAGAAAUGUGCACCAGGCUGCUAGAAUAAAAAUAAAAGGCUGAGUAUACCUUUAAACAGAGAAUGAAAUAAAACUCAUUAUUGUCAUGGGUGGGAUGAAUCUUAAAGAGGAAUAAUAUAAUAUAUUAUUGAAUCAAUUAAACCCGUUGAUAAGCUGAGGGAGGCGACAGACCACAUUUUUCUUAUUGACAUAAGUAAUGAAAUCAAACCAAACCUUUGUGAAUCUAUCCUCUUCACAUUGCCCCCUGGAAAUGUGUAGUUUGUUGGUCAACUUAUCAAGGAAGUUCCCAAAUAUUGGAAUACUAAAAAGAAAUGUUGGCUCCAUUUGGAUGUCUCCAAAAAUGAGCCACUGUGGCUCUAAUAUCUUAAGUUCAGUAUAUUAAGUAUAUUAUAGGUAAGUACAGUAUAUUAAGACCAGCUUCUCCCAAAAUAGAUAAAAGCGCAAGCUGGGGAGAACGGGUAUUAUAACAAUUCAACAUUGUAUGGAUUUCUUUAAAAACCACAUUUACCGAAUUUUAGAAAGGCCUGAGUCUUACGUUUCUGCACUUGGGAACUGCUCUCUGGUGGCACAUCCAGGGAGAGUUUGCCACAUGGUGCUCACAUGGGGAGUUGUUUGGAGCGGCUUUACAGCUCGCCUCUGAUGCGCAGGUGCUGAAAGCAGCACCUGUGAAGUCUUUGCAACUCUGGUGCAGAAUCAAACCAUCACCGCAUCUGCCACUGGGAUUAUUUAAUAGAUAAGUUGAGGGCAAUUUAAAGUUUGCUGAGUCGAAAGAAGAAAUAACGUCUUCGCUCUACGCAUCGACGAUGAUCUGAGACCAUGUCUGACAACCACUGAACUCCACAUUGUCCUCCUCCUCGGCAAAACAUGAGGUCAGUCAUCCCACGGAGUCUUGCCAAAAUUGAUGGACGUUAGCAUGAACACAAGUAUGAAAAGUAUUUAUAGUGCUUUAACACUGCUUGCAUAAUCAUCCAUUUGCAGAAUGCAUUUGUAUAACUUAUAAAGCAGUAUCCUGCCAUUGGAAGGUUGCUGUUACUACAUUCCCAUAAACAAGAGAGUGGGUAACUUUGUAAGCGCAACGAAUCGUUCAACCAAGUCUAUAUUAAUAGGAAUGCUGAAGAAUGCUUAGUUUGGAUGCCUCAAGUUAUAAACAGGCAAACAUUGCAGUUAAACUGCAUGAAACUGAGCACUGUUGAAGGCGAGAGAUCCAAAUUCAUGUGACAAUAAAAUGUUGGGCCACCGUACUAGGUUAAUUUGAGCUUGGAGCUUGUCACAUCAAAAAGGUUGGGAACCCCUGGUGUAGUGGUUAGAGUGAUGGACUAGGGCUUGGGUGACCUGGGAGAGCAGGGUUUGAAUCCCCACUCAGCCACAAAAACUCACUGGGUGACAUAAGAACAUAAGAUCCAGCUGCAUCAGGCCAGUGGCCCAUCUAGUCCAGCAUCCUGUUCUCACAAUGGCCAAAGGGUUGCCUGUGGGAAGCCAGCAUGCAGGAUUCGAGCACAAGACCAUUCUCCCCUCCUGUGGUUUCCAUCAGCUGCUAUUCAGAAGCACGGCUGCUUCCAACUGUGGAGAUGGCGCAAAGCCACCAUGGCUAGUGGCCAUCAGUAGCUCUCCGGCCAUCAAUUUGUUUUGUUGGUUGGCAUCCGUCUGUCUCGGGAGACAAUGGAGGAGUGUGCCUUGGGGGGUGAAGUCAAACCACUGAAGAGUUGCAGCGCCUGCUGUGGCUGUAGAGACUGAUACAGGAGAGACAUGCUGUAUUGCAGUCAGGGCGGAUGAAGUUGUCCGGUUAUACUGCUGCAGAUGCACCAGGCCGUUUCCUUCCUUCCUUCCUUCCUUCCUUCCUUCCUUCCUUCCUUCCUUCCUUCCCCCCACUUACUAAAUUGCAGGUUAUCUCCUGGUCCGGUUCAAGGGCGAUCGAAGUCCCGGCAGGGGACGUCAGGACCAGGGGCAAGAUGGCGGGGUGGGAGCAGGAACGGGGGUCCAGAAGCCAGGAGUCAGGAAGCCAAGGGUCUGAGGGUCAGGAAGCAAGGAGUUAUGAAGUCAGGGGUCCAAGGGUCAGGAAGCAGGGAGUCAAGAAGCUGAGGUUCAAGGAUCAGGAAGCAAGAACCCAAACAGGCAGGAAGCGUGUUGCUGUGGCAAAGAGCCGAAGGGAAAUGCUGACCUUAUAUCCCUUCCCAGCUCUUGCCACCAGGUGCUGUGAGUUACCAAUGGGCCUCACCUGUGAGGCCACGCCUUGCCCCUUCAGAACAAACUUAGGAAGGCUCCACUCCUGCAAAGUCCUAUUGGUCACAGGGCCUGGCUCCUGAACGCACACCUGACACCUUCCGAGCGACCCUUAUUUUCAGAAAGCUCUUCCUAACAUUCCCUUCACACCAUAAGACUGUGAUCCUACAAAUCAGGGGUGGGUUUCUCUGGAGGACUCUCAGGUGCUGUUAGACCCAACUUCCCAUGGUCCCUAACCAUUAGCCAUGGGACCCGGGGCUGAAGGGAAUUAGAGCCCAACCACUUCUGGAACAUAGCAGGACCCCCACCCUUGCUGUCAAGAUUUGCUGGUGCUUAAGCUGGGUCUAAUGGUUUCCUAAGUGCUCUCUUUCCCUUUUCAUCCUGCUGCAGAUUCCUCUGGAGAUGAGCAACGAAGCCUUCUUAGUGCCAAAGAAACCAAUAGUUCUGAAGCUGGUGCCACGAGGUGAUCCCCGGGAGAAGGGGGAGUGA